CAAGACUCAAUGCGCGCGCACGUGCACCUCGAGUUUUAUUUUCCAGAGCGUGGUUAUUGCUUCUGUCGCUCCGCAUUGCGUCACAAAUAUGGCGAGUAUCACAAAACGUUUGUGUAGACCAUUACAACAUAUUCGUAAAUUUUCAACGAAUUUUUAUUUGCUGAAACCUCGUAAAAAUACACUUGAAAUUAUCAAGACUGGCGCUGGAUUAUUUACCAUUGGUGCCAUUGUAAUUUACGCUGCAAAAAGAUAUGCCAAUGUCAACGUCGUUUACGCUGCUCGACCACGAAAGCAUAAUGACGAUGAGAUCCAAGAGGCCGUGAAGCUGACCAUGAGAGAGAAAAGAUUUAUCAAGUUUGCGUCAGUGGUAUACAAUGGACAACUAUACAUGACACCUCAAGAUUUUCUUGAUAGUGUUGUUGAAUCAGAACCAAGACCUAGAUAUAAAAGGAGACUUCUCACAAAUAAGGAUUUGGAAAUGAUUAAAAAUAUUACUCCUCAACUUCGCCAUGGAAAACCUACUAUGUUCCGGAAUUUAAAAGAUAAAGGAAUAGUAUCGUAUACGGAGUACUUGUUUCUUCUGUCUAUACUUACAAAACCACAAACUGGCUUUCGCAUCGCAUUCAAUAUGUUUGAUACUGAUGGCAACGAAAUAGUCGACAAAAAUGAAUUCCUAGUGAUCAGAAGACUAUUUGGUUUUGGACUGAAGGAACGUGCUCUUGACGAGGCAACUCAACAAGUUCUGCAAAAAAUUGUUAAUCCAAGUGAAGAGACCCUAUCCACCAAAACACUACUACGAGACUGCCAUGACAGUACCAUCGAGAGAAAAAAUACAUCAAAAUCAUAUAUGGAGAAGAUAUUCAGUUAUGCUUGGCAAAGUCGCCAUGGUAAUGAUACAAUUGAUGUUGAUCCUGAAAAAAAAGUGGAAAAUGAACAUUCAGAACCUCAAGAAAAUGAUGAGGGAUUGCAACGUCGUCACGCGAUUGACACGACGUUGAUGAUUCAUUUCUUCGGUAAAGAUGGAACUAAAGAGCUCAAAUACGAUGGAUUCAAACAAUUUAUGGAAAAUCUUCAACAUGAAGUGUUAGAAUUGGAGUUUCAAGAAUUUAGCAAAGGGAGUGACACAAUUUCGGAGUUGGAUUUUGCCAAAAUUUUAUUAAGAUACACAUAUUUAGAUACAGAUGAGUAUGAACAAUAUUUAGGAAGAUUAUUAGAAGGCUCGAAAAAUCAUGAAGAAAUUAAUUUUCAAGAAUUCCGACUGUUUUAUCAAUUUUUAAAUUCUCUUGAUGACUUUUCAAUAGCCAUGAGAAUGUAUACCCUUGCAGAUCAUCCGAUAUCCAAAGAUGAAUUUUUACGUGCAGUUAAAAUAUGCACAGGAACCUGUAUUCCAAUGCACAUCAUUGAUACAGUUUUCGCAUUAUUUGAUGUCGACGGGGAUGGACAACUUUCAUAUAAAGAGUUUAUUGCAAUUAUGAAAGAUAGAUUACAUCGAGGCUUUAAAUCUCAACCUAGAAAUGAAGGAUGGGAAGGUUUCAAGUAUUGCGUAAAACAAGAAAUGAAAGCACCGUAAAUAUAUUAUGAAUUUAUUUGAAACACAAAAGUUACCGUUAACUCCUUAUCUACAAUUGUUUGUUAUAUUUAUUUUCUUAGUGCCAAUGAUAUUUAAUUCAUGAGUUAUGCAAAUGUGAUAUUAAUUCAUUAUUAAGUAAAGAAAGUUUAACUAAAUGAAUAUGUAUUUAUAUUAUAUACACUAUUAUUUAAUUGUUUGACAUUGUUACGACAUAAAACAGAUUUAAUUUUAUUCUUACUGUUCGAAAAUGUUCUAUUAAUCUUUAAAAAUUGAGUAAAUGAAUAUUAUGUGAAAUAAAAGAGUUUAUUUUUUUUUAAACA